AUGACCUCCCAAGCGCCGCCCUACACCCAGCCCUGGCGCAAGAUCCCCAUCCCGCGGCCGCUGCAGGUCUUAUUUGACACAUUUCCCCUGCGGACAUACGAAGCCAAUGGCUUGCCUGAGCGCGCAGAGCACCUGACGACAAGCGACCUACCAACGCUUUAUUUAUUUUGUACAGAGGAGGAUGCACGGACGGGAUUUCCGAGUUAUAACCCGGGGUGUUUAAAGUGGCAGACACUCCUGCGACUGGCAAAGAUCCCCUUCCGCACCCUCCCCUCAACAAACCAUGCCUCUCCCUCCGGCUCAUUGCCAUUCUUAUUACCCCCCAGAACAAGCUCGACCUCUCUAACAACCCCGAUCCCCGCGUCCCAUAUCCCCCAAUACAUCACCGAACACUCCCCCCCAGAACACGUCCUCCCCUCUUUACCCACCCCCAAAAACGGCCCCUUACGUCCAGAAGCUUACCUUCCCCUCCUAACCCUGCACCUCCGCAAUGCCUGGCUCGCAGCCCUCUACCUCACCCCAGCAUAUUCCUCCCUCCUCGAGAAACUCUACCUCCUCCCCUCCUCCUCCAACUCACUCGUCCGCUCGUCACUAAAAAGACAACUCCGUCUCGCGGCCACGGAAGAAAUUGUCUCCUCCUUGGGGAGGGGCACAUCAGGUGUGGCAGGAGAGGCGCUAGAGAAGAUGGUUGAGUUCGAGGAGAUUUGGCAUGAUGCGAAGCAGGCGAUGGAGGGGUUAUGUCAGGUUUUGAGGGAGAGUGAAGAGGGAUGGUUCUUUGGGAGCGAGGUGCCGAGUGAGUUUGACGCGGCGGUGUUUGGAUAUACGCAGGUUAUGGUGGAGUUUAUGUCUUCUGACUCAUCGUUCUCCUCUAAAAAGCCAGAGGAAGUGAGUCAAGGAGACGGAAAAGUGUUGCUAGGGGAGAUGGUCAAGCAAGCCGGGAAUGGGGAGCUGGCGAGACAUAGGGAGCGGAUCUUGGCGAGGGCUUGGCCGGAGUGGGAUGGGAAAAGGGAAUGGUAG